GCCUGUUGCCAUGCACUUUAAAUGUGUGUGUCUGUACCCACAUCUUUCAUUUAAAGUCUUAAGCAAUCACACAAAGAGCAGGCGGAGGCUGCAUCUGCUGACGUACAGCCUGUGGCUGUGAGAGAGUCGGUUAGCUCCGAGCCGCUGAAUCACAGAGCAUCUCUACAGAAGCAUCUCCACAGGAGCAUCUCCAACAGACUAGCAGAAACUACAUCUGCAGCUCUCGGCUUCCUUUAUUGUUUUUCUUCCCGUCAUCUGAACCAGUUUUGUUCUUUAAUAGCCUAUUCUUUUACUGCUUACAUUUUUUCCAUCUCUCAUCUGUUGUCUGUUUUUCCCAGUCUCUUUAUCUUCACAAAUCCUGAUGAACGACUCAAACCUGCAGUUUCUUAAAGGGCAGAAACCUGCAAACAGCACGUCUCUGCCUCCUAAUGGCAGUACUGUAUACCCUCCAGCAGGGGCGCUGUGCGAGCAGGUCCAGAUCCAAGCGGUGGUUUUUCUCACCUUGGGUAUUGUGAGUCUCCUGGAGAACAUCCUCGUCAUCUCGGCUGUGGUCAAAAACAAAAACCUUCACUCUCCGAUGUACUUUUUCCUGUGCAGCCUGGCUGCUGCGGACAUGUUGGUAAGUGUAUCAAACUCUCUGGAGACCGUUUUCAUUGCUGUACUAAACAGUCGCCUGUUGGUGGCCAGUGACUAUUUUGUGCGUUUGAUGGACAAUGUGUUUGACUCGAUGAUCUGCAUUUCUCUUGUGGCAUCCAUCUGCAACCUUCUGGCCAUUGCCGUCGACCGCUACGUCACGAUUUUCUACGCCUUACGCUACCACAGCAUAGUGACCGUACGCAAAGCGCUAGUGGCCAUCACCGCGAUAUGGCUGGUGUGUGUGGUUUGUGGGAUUGUCUUUAUAGUGUACUCGGAGAGCAAGACCGUGAUCGUGUGUCUAAUCACAAUGUUCUUUGCCAUGCUGGUCCUCAUGGCGACUCUCUACGUACACAUGUUUCUUCUCGCCAGACUUCACGUCCAGAGGAUCGCAGCAUUACCCCCAGCAGCAGCUGCCGCUGGCAACCCGGCCCCACGUCAACACAGCUGCAUGAAGGGAGCCGUGACCAUCUCCAUCCUCCUCGGAGUGUUUGUGUGUUGCUGGGCGCCCUUCUUCCUCCACCUCAUUCUGCUGGUGUCCUGUCCGCACCAUCCGCUCUGCCUCUGCUACAUGUCUCACUUCACCACGUACCUGGUCCUCAUCAUGUGCAACUCUGUGAUUGACCCCCUCAUCUACGCCUGCCGCAGCCUGGAAAUGAGGAAGACUUUUAAGGAGAUACUCUGCUGUUUCGGCUGCCAGUCUCCCGUUUAGACCUCGGUAAAGAAUGUCUGAUUUGAAACAAAGAAUGGAUGUGUCAAGAAAUCAUUUACCUUAAGAUGUAAGAUGCCAAAAGCUUGGUGGUCAGAACAAUUUUGCACAUCCUGAGAAGAGGGUUUUAAAGCUUUAAACCUGGAAGGUUCAGGUCCUGUAAGAAAACCAUAGAGCUUCAGGGUAGAUUGAAUGUCUUGCUGAAAAGGGCAGAUAAAUUAUUUGUUACACUCUUAAAAGAAAAAAUCUAUGGAAACUUAAAGGGUUCUGUUGGGCACUUCAUAUACAGUAUAUAAAGAGUUCAGAUGCAA